AUGGAUCUCAACAAUGGUCUUGCACUUGUUUCUUGUAAUGCUGAGCUGAAUAAAACUUACCACGUUGGUGAUACCACAUUAAGCUUGGACUGCUUUGGUUAUGGUGGAAACACAUCUAGUGGAUAUGAAAUUAGCCGAGAAAAACCAAGAGAACAGAAUACAACUAGUGCACCCGAUGAUGGUUGCAGACUGGUCCUCGGAUUGGGACCAACACCGAGUAUAUAUUCUAAUGAUUAUUUUUCCACUGGAAUCAACUCAAGCAAAAAACCAGCCCCUGGAUCCAAUAUGGGGUUGUCGUGUGAGGGUGAUUCGGUCCUCAAACUUGGUCUCUCUGACCAUUCUUUUAUGUCAAUGAGCGAUCCAAUUCCAAUUCCAAAUCCAAAUCCAAAUCCAUCAUGUCAUUCUCACAAAGGAUCUUUUGAGGCUAGCAAUAGGUUUGAGAUACCUAUUGAUGAGGGUUCUACAUCAGCAAAGAAAUCAGGUGGAUACAUGCCAUCCCUUCUUCUGGCCCCAAGAAUGAGUACUACAACCAGAAGCUUGAUGCAAAUGCACAACCUUUUGGAGCCAGGGGAAAACUCUAAUCAUGGCCCUCAGCUAAGCUCUGAACCCUCGGCUAUCUCAGACUACUCCAUGGGAACAACAUCCGACCACCAAACGAGCAAUUCUAAGAAAUGCAAGUUUGAUGGGUGCACAAAAGGCGCUAGAGGAGCAACAGGUCUCUGUAUCGGCCAUGGUGGAGGGCAGAGAUGCCAGAAACCGGGGUGUAGUAAAGGUGCGGAGAGCAGAACUGCAUACUGCAAGGCUCAUGGCGGCGGGAGGCGGUGCCAGCAUCUAGGCUGCACAAAAAGUGCAGAAGGUAGGACAGAAUAUUGCAUAGCACAUGGUGGCGGGAGGCGGUGUGGGCAUCCGUCAGGGUGCAGUAAAGCCGCUAGGGGAAAAUCAGGACUUUGUAUCAAGCACGGUGGUGGAAAGCGGUGUAAGGUGGACGGUUGCACACGUAGUGCCGAAGGACAGGUUGGUUUGUGCAUCUCUCAUGGCGGCGGACGGCGGUGCCAGUUCCAAGGCUGUAAUAAAGGGGCUCAGGGAAGCACUAUGUACUGCAAAGCUCAUGGUGGUGGGAAACGUUGCGUAUUCGCUGGCUGUACCAAAGGUGCUGAAGGUAGCACCCCACUUUGUAAAGCCCAUGGCGGAGGAAAGCGGUGCCUCUACGACGGUGGCGGGAUUUGCCCGAAAAGUGUGCACGGAGGGACCAACUUCUGCGUUGCUCAUGGCGGUGGCAAGAGGUGUUCCGUCCCCGGUUGUACCAAAAGCGCCCGUGGCCGGACCGAUUGCUGCGUGAAGCAUGGUGGUGGAAAGCGGUGCAAAACCGAGAAUUGUACCAAGAGCGCACAAGGUAGCACGGACUUUUGUAAGGCUCACGGCGGCGGAAAACGGUGCAAUUGGGGAGGUGAAGGGGCGUGCGAGAAGUUUGCUCGGGGGAAGAGCGGAUUAUGUGCAGCUCAUACGAGCAUGGUUCAAGAACGUGAAGCGAAUGUAAACAAGAAGGGUAAUUUCGGAAUUGGACCAGGACUCUUCCACGGGCUCGUCCCGGCUCCGAGUUCCACCAUUGUUAGCAGCUUUGAUAACACGUAUUCUUCAUCCGGUGUCAGCAUCAUCUCGGAUUCCAUCGAGUCGCUAGAGAAGCCGGCUAAGCGGCGGCAACACCUCAUUCCGCCACAGGUGCUGGUUCCUCCGUCAAUGAAGUCACCAUUUUCAUCAUCGUUUACAAUGCAGUUGAGCUCGGAAGGAGGAGACGGUGGUGAUCACGGAAGCAGUGGCGGCAAGAGGAUGGAGUUUAUGGUUCCAGAAGGGCGGGUCCACGGCGGAGGGCUGCUGUCGUUGCUGGGAGGAAACCUGAAGAAUGCCACCAUUGAUUAGAUUUUGAAUUUUUUAGGCAAGUAUUUGAUUUGUUGAAGUAAUUGUAUGUGUGUAUAAAAGGCCUUGAAUGGUUGAAUCCUUAAUUAAUUCGUGUUGUAUGAUAAGCAAGCAUUGUGGUAUUUUACUGAGCUUAUUUUAUUUAUGUGCUCAGGAUGACUUAUUUCAAAUUGUAAUAUGCUGGAAUCAGCU